UCCAACUGUGUGUUGCUAAAUGACACCAUCAUGAGAUGCUCAUGGCUGUUGGUUUUGGGUCUUCUCCAAAAUUUUGCACAUUCCUUGGAAAUUCUGGGUUCAGGUGAAGAACCAACUUCUGUGAUUGCUCAAAACGUCACCGGAGUUCUAGGGGAUUAUGUGUACCUGAGCUGUGAGUUUCCAGGCAAAGAGGACAUCCUGAAAGCUGAGUGGAAACGCAAGAUUUCUCUGAAUAAAUUCAAACGACUGGCCGGCUUCGCAAAUAACAAAUCAUUUAGCCAUUUUGAUGACUUCUCAAAACCCCCCUCAUCCACUAACCUCACAGUUAGGAUGAGGGUGUCCAAUGUGGAGGCGGAGGGAGAGUACCUCUGUGAGUUUGAGGAUAAGGAAGAAAAUUCAUUUGGCAGCGUGUUUGUCACUGUUUAUGUUAAACCAGAUAUACAGAUAAUGGUGAAUUCAGAGACCAUAAAUGACAUUCAUUACCAGAUGGUGUCAUGCUCAGCCAUUGGAGGGAAACCAACGCCUCACAUCAGCUGGCUGGUCGGUGGGCAACCUCCUUCCGGUUUCCCCUUCACUGUGAAUGAGAGUAAAACUCUCCACUCAAACAGCACCUCCACGCUGCACAGCAUCCUCAGCUUCCCCACCCAUCUCCAGGAGGAGGACAGUGUGACCUGUGUUGUCAAACAUGAGACCCUUCCAAGCCCAAAAAGCACCACAACAAGGGUGGAAACCUACGUGAGGCCCAAUGUGACGAUUAAAGCAGAGAUGGUAGAACACGGAGGAAAUGAUUUCUGGGUGGUCUCUUGCAUUUCAUCCGGAGGGAGACCUGAGGCUGACAUUUCCUUGGCUUUGAACGGGAAUGAAGAGGUGCAAAGAGAUAAAACUGCAAAUUCAGACAUGAAAAGUCUCUCCGUCCGGCUGGCUGUGGCAGAACACGAGGGCCACAGCAUCACCUGUGUGUUUAGACACCCAAAGUUCUCACACCCUGAGUCUCGAAACAUUACCCUGCCCACUUUUUAUUUGUCUGGAGUUCAUUUGUCCUUUGAAGGGGGAAACAGCAGCAACGGCUUAAAUUCCACAGAAUUUCUAGAGUUGCAGGAAGGAGACAGAGACGUAGUCUUCACCCUGAAGGUCACAGGGAAUGUGCCACGCUACAAUGUUAACUGCAAAAAAGAUGACGGGCCCUUGCCUGAAGACGUGGAGCUGAUUGGUAGAGAUCUAAUAAUUCAAGGUCCGGUAACGCUUCAGCAUUCUGGUCUGUAUGAGUGUGACUGCUCCUACCACCAUCUGAAAGCAACAAUGCAGGUCAACAUUACAGUUCAAGCUCAACCUCCACAGAUGGUUUCUCCCACAAUCAGGGUCGAUUCUCACAGCGAAGGUGAAUUCACAAUGAUUGAGUGCUCGGCGACUGGCGCUGUUCCUGCAGCCAGCGUUUCCUGGAGUCUACCUGAAGGUGUUUCCGAAGACUUUUGGUCCAAUUCCACUUUCAAUAAUGGAAGCCACACUGUUUUACUCCUCCCUGCAUGCUUGCCUCUGGAGCUCACAGCAGUGUGUGUGAUAAAUCACCCUACAUUUAAGGAAACAGAGAACAGAAGUAUAAUACUCUCACAUUGCGCUCGACCAAACAUAACCAUCACCCUUAGCUCUGAGUGGAAAGACAGUCACAAAUACUCAACGGUGACCUGCUUGGCGGUCAGUGUCGCCUCUGCUGCAGCUAUAAGCUGGCGUGCUGGAAACAAAGAUGACAUCAGUUAUUCGAUGAACACUGAUUUCCACACUGAGGGUCUGGUAUCAACCCACAGCUCUGUGCAUUUUAAGUCUUCUCUCUUUGCCGGUCAGAAUCUCACUUGCAUUGUGAAACACCCCAGUUUGGUGAAUCCAGAAAAGAGAACCAUACACAUUCCAGUGAACAAACCCCCUCAUAUCAGUGUUUCUGUGGUGCGACAGAAACACUCCCCUCUCUGGCUUGCAGUGUGUGACUGUAAAGGGGAGGGUGUUGGGACAAACCUUGCAUGGGACCUUCCUGAAAAUGUCAGAAAUGAAACAACCUUGCACACAGAAUACAAAGGACACAUAAUGAACGCCAAGCUGACUUAUCAGUUUCCUCUGUUCCUCCAUGAGGGACAGGGCCUGACUUGUGUGUAUAAAUCUGAUAAUGGGAUCACAGAAAGGAAAACUAUUCACAUACCAACAUACUAUAUCUCCUCUGUAAAGGUCCUAAACAACACAAGUGCUCUAAAGAACCACCAUGCUGAUCAAGCUGCUGUAUACAGAGUUUCUGUCAAUGAGAAUCAACCCAACCAGAAAGUAUUGCUCAGAGUGGAAGGAAACAUGCCAGAUUACAGCCUUGAAUGUCGAAGGAGUGAUGGCUCAACUGUUCCAAUGGAUGGGGACACCAUGAUCCUUCAUUCGGACCCUUCAGGCCAGACUAAAGGCCUCUACUGCUGUUUGGCUUCUUUUUAUCACCACAAUGCUACUGUCGACAUUCAAGUGGAAGUCUUGAGAGAGGGCGAACAGUUUAUGCUGGUAAUCCUGAUCUGCAUCUCUUCCGCCUCGGCCGUCCUUAUCGUCUUCAUCGUCAUCCUCUAUGUGUGCUGUAAACAAAAGAAGAAGACUCCACAUAAGGAACGGGAGUCUAUCUCAGCCUUGACGAGUCUCAUGCAGGAGCCUGGCUCUCCUGAGGUCAGGAAGCCUGGAGCAGACAUGUCCAACUGUAAGGAGCACGCUCAGCUUACCAGCUUCUCCAUCGUCUUUGAAUCCAAGAGUACAGUGUGAAGAGAUAAAAGGUGUCCCUCAGAGGACCUUACAAAUAAUCAGCUUGACCCAGCAUUUAUCUUAAUGCAGCACCGUUUUAUUGUGUGUUUAUGUAGCAUUUGAAAUGAAACCGACCAUGCACUGAACUUUGUAGCUGACUGGCAUUAAUGAUUUAAAAAGCAGUGAGUUUUCGCACUUUUCAGCCUUACUUGAACUUUGCAUUUUGUUCGUAAUAUUUUUUAUACAUGACAAUCAAUAAAACCAAUUGAUGACAAUUAUUCCACGAGUUUCUAUUUUCUGAUAUUCAUGCACUUUUACACAUUAUUCCAUUGAUGCAAAAUAUGGUGCAGUGACACACUAUAAUGGUUUCUCUAAGGCCGGUAAGAUGCAAGCUAAUCCAAGGCUUGCAUCUUGACGGCCUAGUGGUUAGGGCAUAGAGCUUGGAAUCC